CGGAGCUCACCAGAGCGCACGACAGAAGCGCAAAACCUCUGGAUUUUUAAAGAAAAAAAAACUUUUACAGCCAAGUCACAGAUUAAUGUUAGCACUUUCUCACUGAGGGAAAAGCGACGGGGCCGUUGCUGACUUUAGGAUGACGGAGCUGCGGAGCUGUUGGACUCUAAAGAAGAUUGGAUGAUCCUUCAGAGUGAGACCAGAUGUGAUUCUGGUUUUGUCCUAGAGCCGCACACGAACACCGGACCCUCCAUGAGAUGUCCAAAUGCCAGCUGACAGCUGACCUCUGACCCUCGCACCAUGGACGUCCGUCUGCAGGCCAACCCUCAGCUCCACUGCUCGGUCAAUGGGGGAGCGGGACGCAGCUCCAGGCCAGGCGAAGAUGAGUCUCUGCAGUUCCUGAGCCAGGAGGAGCAGGAGUGCAUCCAGUUCUUCGAGGACACCAUCGUCUCAUUGGAGGAGAGUCUGAAGGAGGAGCAAGUGAAGCCUGCCCCAAGCAGCCCUGGUCCUGUUGAAGAGGUCGAUGGACUCCCAACCUCGAGUCCCAACCCUGGGGUCACAGUGUCUUCCAUCCCGGCCAGACCUCUCAGUCCCAAAGACCAGGAUAUUAUAGACCUGGUCCGCCCAGAACCGGACUUACUGCAGAACAAAGAGCCAAUCUUCAGCCCCACAAAUCCAGAUUUUCAGAGUAUGGUGCAAACCCCUGAAAGCCACUUUGAGAUAAAGCCAAGGCAUGAACCGACGGACAGCCUGCCUUCAGAGUACAACCCUCCCUUACCAAGUGGCAGCUAUGGGCCAACAGAAGGCCACUCCUCCUACCACCCGCCAGGUUGUAUCCCCACCCCGGUCUUGAUUGCCCAGAAAAUAGCUGAGAACCAGGCAGGGGGAACCUCCAGCUUCCUUCCCGGCUCGCUCCUCCGCCGCCGCAGCCUUGAGUCUGAAAAGCCGCUGAGCUACAGCACAGAUCCUCCCAUCAAACAGGGUCCUCCUACCUCUGCUAAGCCUGCCCGCUUCCCUUCUAACAUCAGCGUGAUCCUCGGCAGCAAGGAGCACCAGAACCAGUCUCUGGCUAAUGUGAACAUCCAGGAGAGACGGGCGCAAAUGCUGGCAAAUCUCUCAGGAACAUCACACCCUUUGCAGGAGGAGGAUACCCCCGUGGAGCAAAAGGCUCGAAAUAUUCCCACUCGCAGCAUUUCCUUCAGGGACCCUACACCAGACAAAUCCAGGAUGGAGGCCCUGUCUAAGCUGGGCCUAACCAGGAACCGAGCCAUGUCCGGGGGUAUGUCGCUCCUUCCUAGUGGCACCUCACUGGAUCCUCUCACAGGUGCAGAAACCAGUGCCAAACCUCUGGAGGCCAGCGUUGCCCCAACACCAGAAACCAGCAACAAAUUGCCAGAGGCCAAUGUUACGGCACCACCUCAGAGCCAGAGUCGCAUAGACAGAAAAACAGAGGUUCUGCGGACAAAUUCCUUUAGGAGCCAGGAAGAAAGAAACCCACAACCGAGCCCCUCACCUCCAGCAGUCACGCAAAGCAGUUACUGUCCACCUCUUUUGGAAAACAAGGCACCUGUUCUCCCUCCGCCUGAGGUCACCUCGCUGGAAUUUAACAGCUACGGAGGGAAAUCCAUCGUGGUCAACCCUUAUGUUUCCUCCAGGAGCGAACCUGCAACCUCUCCAACAAGCCUUGAACCAAAAGUCCUCCCACCUGCACUGGCUAACCCCAGCGAGUUGAAUACCUACGGAGGAAAGACCAAAGUCAUGAACCCUGCUGCUGUAGCCGUGACCAGGAAUGACCUCCCUGACAUCCUCAGCUCCCAUAUUGACAAGAGUCAAACCUUGCCUGCCAAGUCAGAGCCGCCACCCACUGAGCUUAACACUUAUGGAGGAAAGAGUCGAGCCAUCAACCCUUCUGCUGGGUUAAACCGCCCUUCAGAAAACCCAACAAGGAGUUUCAAAGCUCCAGCCCCGACCCCGGCCCCAAGACCUCCUCGGCACUCUUACCACGGUGUAAUUAGUUCCCAGAAAACAGCACAACGGGCCUUGUCCCCUGAUCACCGGCGGAGAUCUGGCUCCAUGUUUCGUCCCCAGGGCAUCACUGUGCAGUUUUCUGGACGGGGGGCGACGAACGAAUCGCGCAGGGAGGCGCUGAGGAAACUGGGGCUGCUGAAGGACUCUUGAUAAACUCUGGAAAUUUAUCCUUCAGUCUCCACCUGUCGAUCCUCAGCCUCUGGUGUGUACCUGCUGGUGGAGGGGGUACAAGUUCCAGUGACUGGAGAGUGAGGUGUGGUUGGAGAGAGGCAUACUUUUACAAAGGAAUGGAGCCAGAUUCUAAAGUAGACCUGCACGGCCAGUUCUUAAUUCCUGGCCAUAAAAAAACUGACAAACAAGUAUGGCACCGUGCAGCUGCUGCACACUCGACACUGUUUCAGCGACAAAAGUCUGGACAGAUGAACUGCAAACAGCUUCAUUUUGCCUCUGAUCAAAGACAUCAUAUACCUCUGCACAAGAUAUUCUGGGACAAAUAACACUGUCAACAACGCCCAUGAAACGCCCCAAACCAACAAUGUGCUAGCAUUAGGCUCUCAGCUCUAAGCCUGUUGAUUUUUACUGAAAAUCUGGAUUUUCUUUUUCUUUUUGACAAAACGCUAAUGAGCGGCUAAUUCUUCACAGGAGUGAUUCAGGUUGAAUUAAAGAGUUUUAGGCUGAAAAUUGUUUUUUUUAAAGUCUUUAAAGAGAUUUAAAAAAAAUAUAUAAACAGAAACAACAAACCACAUUCAGAAAAGGCCAGCCAACCUUUGUCUCUGUUUUCAGUUUAAGUUCUAUUUGUUUUCUUGUGUCAUGGUGUCACUUUCCCUCUAGCAGCUGUCAGCAGAGUGAAAUUAUUUUUCAUACACAGGCUGUGAAAUCUUUAUCACCCCUGUUACAUGGGAACCUUUUCUGUUUUCACUGCUUUGUUUACUGACUUUGGGCAUUUUAGUCAGCGGUGUGUUUUUUUUUUCUGUCAGGGCUAAAAAGUUAAAAGCACUUUUCUCAAGAGGAAUUUUAUUACUUCUGAAAUGACCAAAACUAUAUUGUAAAGGUUAUAAAAGAGACAUGUGGAUGUCCUGGACUAAUGAUGGUGCAGAAGUUAGAGCGGGAAGGAGCAGGGUUUCGUGGAAGAUGCAAAGCUGAGCUGAGCUGGAGGAUAUUUUUACUCCACGGACAAACCUCCCACACCAAACCACAGACUGUGGAAUGGGUUUGUGGCCAGGACUUUUACUUUUUACUACGCAGAAGCAGUACUUUAAAAACUGCUCUUUAGGGACGGGCGAGCACAUGGCAUUGUACAAAACACAAGCACUAAAACCACAGAGUCUAGAAAUACAUCCUGGGUUACUUAUGUGUUUUUAUUCCUGUCGAGCUGUUGUCGAUAACUUCUCUGUUUCUGACAUUUGCAAGUGUGUUAUUUAACUGUUGUAGCAGCAUAAGCAUGAAUGUGUGUGUAUUGUGUGUGUGUGUCUAUGUAUGUAAGUUUAUUGUGUUUAAUCCAGACUCCGGCCUCUGUAGUUCACCUACAGUAACUUUUGAAGUAUAUUUAGUUUCGCACAAGAGUUUUCCUGUGCGAACAUUUUUUGUGAAUUUUGUUUACAGACUCCGGUUCAUCUGUAGUUCAUCUACAGGCAUUUUGAAGUAUCUAAUGGUGCAUACAUACAGUAUAUAACUACAUUUUGUAUAACACACUUUACUUUAUAAGGAAAUGUUUCAGCAGAGUGAACAGAUCUGCACAGAACAAGGAUAAAAAGCGCAUCCAUGUGUGGGGAAAUGGGAAGAUCAGCGUUGCUGCUAUGGUAAAACAGCCUGAUCCACUUUCUGACUUUUGAAACAUCCACAUUAUAAACUGUAUAUACUCGGCUUAAUAUAUCUCAUGUCCAAUUUUUGUCGAUCAUUAAACAGAAUAGUGUAA